UGUUAUAGCUACGCUGCGGGAAAGGGAAAGGGGGGAGGUUCCCGGAAGCGCGGUGCGCGCUCUGGAGGGCUGUAGCGGCGUGGCGGCCUCUCGCGGGGGUCUCCUCCUCCCUCCAUGGCUCCCUGGGCUCCCGCCGUCGCGCUCUGGCUCGCCCUGCUGGUAGGCCCGGCGCCUGGGCGCGGAGGGGCCAUUGCCGAAGACAGCGAGUGGGUCAAGCUGCCCAGCAAAUGCGAAGUGUGCAAGUACGUGGCUUUGGAACUGAAAUCCUCCUUCGAUGAAACUGGCAAGACCAAGGAGGUGAUUGACACGAAGUACGGCUUUUUGGAUGGCAAGGGAUCCAAAAUCAAGUACACAAAAUCGGACAUUCGCCUUAUUGAAGUGACAGAAAACAUCUGCAAGAGGCUUUUGGAAUACAACCUGCACAAAGAGAGAACGGGAAGCAACAGAUUUGCAAAGGGUAUGUCUGAGACCUUUGAAACACUGCAUAACUUGGUACACAAAGGAGUGAAGGUGGUGAUGGACAUCCCUUAUGAGCUGUGGAAUGAAACCUCUGCGGAAGUGGCCGAUCUAAAGAAGCAGUGUGAGGUAAUGGUGGAGGAAUUUGAAGAUGUGAUCGAAGACUGGUACCGGAACCAUCAGGAAGAAGACAUUUCCCAGUUUCUCUGUGCAAACCACGUCUUGAAAGGAAAAGACACCAGCUGCCUGACAGAGAAGUGGGCUGGCAAGAAAGGGGACGUGGCAAGUUCAAGGCCGAAGAAGUCUAAGAAGAAGGAGGGCAAAGGCAAGAAGGCUUCAAAAAGCAAAAAGAGUGGCAAGGACAAAGCAGGGCAAGAAGGGGAGGGUGAGAAACCGAGUGUCCAAGAGGUCCCUGACCAAUCAGAGGAGCAGGAUGAAGCAAAGGAUGCUGGGAAGGAGGCUCCGCUCUCACACAGGCCGGACGAACUGUAGGCUAGGUGCCAGCCACCCAUGCUUUUCCUCGCGUGGACUCGCAAGCUUGUAUUCAGGCCACUGAGAAUUGCUUUCGCCCACCCGAGUUGCAAGAUGGAGAUUUCUCAGCUUCCUCGAGGGGGAAGUGCCAGGCUGUUCCUGACAGGCAAGGACCGUGGCCUUUCGAACUUUAGCCACCCAGUGUUAUGGUGUCUCAUCGCAGGUGCAGGGUGGGCCGAACCCAGCUAGCCCCUUGCCUGCUUAGAGGAGCAAGCCAGGCAGAAGGAGGGCCUGAAGGACUGGCUCCCUAAGUCUGCGUGGCUGGUGUUCAAAAACUGAGCCCGCUGCUUUCAUCAAUUGACCUCCACGAGCUUUGAUCUGCUAAACGCAACUGGGGGGGCGGGUGGAAGGUAAGGAGAAAGUUGUAAGAGAUCCAGGUUGGGUUGCAAGGCAGCUUGCCUCUCCAGCCCAUUUGACUGAAGCCAUGAUAACCUCUCUAUAGCCAGCGUAGCAGGCUCUCAACUUGGUACAUUCCCUAAGUCGAUUUUUUGGAAAGUCCUUCUUUUCAUCAUGCAGAUCACUGCGUUUGCUUGGAGGGAAAUGAGGGCGAAGGUACUAUUCGUGUAAGGGCACUGUGCUUCUGUUGCGAUAUCUUUUUGUUGUUUUGUUUUGUUUUUGAAUUACUCCUCACCUUAGUGGAUCAUUUCCUGCAGUUGCUCCAGUCAGGAGAGAACUUGCAGGUUGAUGACGUCUUUCUCUUGCCUCUCCUCCCCUCCCUUAAAAACCUGUGCUUUCUGUUGCUGCGAUGAACAUUCUUCCUGUUUCCUGAAGUCCUGCAAAGAGUGAAAAUAAAAGAGUUUUUGAGUAAUUUGUGCUCCA